AUGUAUUUAGGUGAAAUUUUCGGUAUUGAUCCAUAUGGUUUUCUGUAUCGUAUGAUUAUGAUAUGUCCUGCUCAAUUAGGCCAAGUAAAUCAUACACUAUACUACAACCCAUAUUUAGUUUUACGUUCAAAAAAUGAUGUGGAUGAUUCACGGCCGCCUUAUUGUUCGAACAGAGCAUCUGCGAUUGCUUCGUUAACUAGACUCACAAGAAUGUUUCCAGGUGGAUCUCUCGACGGUACAAAUUCGUGA